UCAUUAGUUCAAGGCCAUCCUCAGCUACAUAGAAAGUUCCAGGCUAGCCUGGGAUACAUGAGACUGUUUCAAAAGGGAAGGGGAGGCUGCAACUGUCUUGGGGGUUCCAAGGAGCUGAUAGCUGAGCGAAAGGCUUGGCAGGAGCCAGUAUCAGCUUCAGCUACAGACACAAGCCUUGCCUUGGUCCCGCCCUGGUUCACCUGCUGGAGGAAACAGGAACUGCCUGGGGCUGCCCGCCCUGCCCCUCUGACGUGCAGACUCUGAAGUGAAACUUCAGCUCUAGCGGCAGCUCAAGAGAGGUCCUGCGGAACACAGCCCAGGCUCUCCAAGUUAAGUGACCCUUCUUUGGAUGCCAUGGCAGAAGCAGAAGCCUGGAAGCUGCCCCCGCCACUGCCGCCUCGGCUGGACUGGUUUGUGCACACCCAGGCAGGCCAGCUGGCCCAAGGCGGGAUCCCAGAGUGGUUCCACGGCACCAUCACGCGACAAGCUGCUGAGAACUUGCUGGAGUCUCAACCACCCGGAACCUUUCUUAUCCGAGUCAGUCACAGCCACGUGGGCUACACCCUUUCCUACAAAGCUCAGACUUGCUGCCGUCACUUCAUGGUAAAGCUCUCAGACGCCGGGACUUUCAUCCUUGCUGGGGACCAUAGGACCCAUGCCUCUCUGGACGCCCUGGUCUCAUUCCACCAGCAGAAACCUAUUCGGCCGUAUGGGGAGCUGCUGACCCAAGCCUGCGGGCAGGAGGAUCCAGCAAACGUCGACUACGAAAAUCUCUUCCUGUACUUGAGUGCCCUGGCUCAGGGCGCUGAAAGCCAAGCUGGUGGCCCCACGGAAGGCCAGAGGCCUGCUUCCUGCCCACCCGAGGAGGCUCCAGAAAGGAAACCUUCCACCACAACUGAUGGAAAGCUCGCAUCAGCCCCCAGCUCCCCAAAAGCACUUUUUGGGGAGGCGAGACAGAAACUGUGGAAGAACCUGAGGACACUGCCAGAGACCAGCCGGAGGGUGAAACAGCGGCUCACUUCACACCUGUCCGCCACAAGCCUGCUGGGGGACGCCAGGUCUGUGGCACAGCAUCACAGACCUGUAACUCGAGCAUCCAGCUGGGACAGUGCCCGCCAUUCCGCAGGUGCUGGAGAAGCCACCUUCCCAGCCUCCAGACCUGCCAGCUGGAGGGAGGCGGUCUCAGGGGUCAAGACCUGGCGUGAAAAGCUGGUGAGGGCCCUGUCAGUCCAGGCAACCAAAUCAGAGCCUGUAGACUUGCCAGAAGCCCGGGACUGGCUACCUGAGGAAUACCUCCCACCACCGCCUUUCGCCCCUGGCUACUGACAGCACCCCCUCUGUCUUGGGAGUCCUCACCGCUGUCCUCCCAACCAGGGAACUGCGCUAAAGAAAGAUGUUUGGGGGCUGAAUUCUGCAGUUGCCAGCCGAGGGACCCGAUUGUCCCAAUAACAAUAGAAUUAUCGCUUUAGGGACUCGGGUGAGAUGGCCCAGCGGUAAGGGGGUAAAGGCACUUGCAGGCAAACCUGACUUUCUGAGAUCGAUCUCCGGUACUCACAUAAUGGAAGGUGAGACCCAGUUCUGAAAGUUGUCCUCCGACCUCCAUAUACAUGUGUUGAUACACACGUUUUGACACAUAUAUGUAGUAAGCAUAACCUUAAAAAUACUACGGUGACUUUGUGGGCAAAACACAUGCCGGGCCUGUAUCCCAACCUCUCUGCUCGUGGGUUAGCCCUCUGUAUCCAUGGGCUCCACAUUUCACACUCAGCCACAUUAGCCUACUUAGGGAAUUCCAGACCAGUAUUAAACACAUCUGAGCAGGCGAAAUGACUUGGGUACGGCGCUGGCUGCUAAGCCUGAGGAUGAGCCUGAGCUGUGGGACCACGGUGGGAGGAGAGAUCAGACUCCCGCAAGCUGCCCUCUGACCGCCACACACGCCAUGGCACACGUGUCUCUUCCCCACUAAUAAUAUUAUAAAAAAAAUUAAAGCCACCUUGGACAGCCUCUGAGGAGCAACAGCCAACGUUGUCCUCUGACGCCCACUUGCAUGAGAGCACACGUGCACAUGCAUGCCCCCAACCCAAAGGCACCUGUACAGGGCGGGGACUGGCAGCGGACUCCGAAGUGCCGUGUGAACUGUGAUGAAUGUAGACCUCUCUGGUCUUCAUUUGGGAGGUGGAGAAGACAGCGGUCCCUUCUCAGGGGGAGCAUGCAGAAAAGAGACAAGGAGGACCUGGGGCUUUUAGUUAUCAUCAUCGUUAUUAUUGUUAAUUGAGACAGGA